CCACGUGAAUGACCCGGAUAUCGCGUCCCAGCUGCUGCUAGUGUCCCGGAAGUGCCUGCAAUUGUGUCUUAAUGUUUGUUUAUGUGGAACAUCACAGACAUGAGCUCCUCACACUGAAGCAGGCGAUGGAUGACCCCGACAGCACAUGAACGCGCCUGAAGUGGAUCACAUCAGACUGAAUCAAUGCUUUCUGAUGAGCUUGACUCCAAACCCGAGCUGCUGGUUGAGUUUGUUCAGAACGCCUCCAUACCGCUGGGUCAAACACUGGAGGAGACGGAAAACGACCCCACCUGCACCCCUCUGCUGCCCCCCUCACAGAAGACCACCUGCACCCCUCUGCUGCCCCCCUCACAGAAGACCACCUGCACCCCUCUGCUGCCCCCCUCACAGAAGACCACCUGCACCCCUCUGCUGCCCCCCUCACAGAAGACCACCUGCACCCCUCUGCUGUCCCCCUCACAGAAGACCACCUGCAGCCCGCUGCCAGUUCCAGAGAGGUCUUUUAGACAUGCUGCCCCCCCGUCACUGUCAGACUUUGAACCGGAGCGAAGUUCUCAGGUGUCACAGCUGCCAUCUCCUCCAGAACCAUCAACCCUCUUACAAGACCUCCAGAACCACGACAACACAUCUUACAUUCUGCUCAACCUGGCCAAAGUAGGGUUGGCGGCGGCGUCCGAGCCGCUGGUGUUUGUUCAGGAUGAUGUUGAGGAGGCCGAGGAGGAGAUCUCAGAGGACGGCAGCGCUCCGUGGUAUCUGCGUGUACAGGAGCUCGCUCACGACAGCCUGAUCGCCGCCACACGAGCGCAGCUGGCCAAAGACGCCCGAUCCAUCGGCAACAGUGACCACAUCCACAGCUGUCAAUCAGAGGGACCAAAGAAAGAGCCACUGUCUCGAGCCAAUCGCACACCUGCAGACAAAACCCACAGAUGUCCUUAUGAGAACUGUCACAGAACGUUCACCUGGCCGGCCCACCUGAAGUACCACCUGAAAACACACAGAAACGACCGCAUGUUCCACUGUGGAGCUGAAGGUUGUGGAAAGAGUUUCUAUGUCCUGCAGAGGCUUCAGGUCCACAUGAGAACACACAACGGAGAAAAACCCUUCAUCUGCAGCGAGAAGAACUGUGGCAAGAAGUUCACCACCGCCGGAAACCUGAAGAACCACAGACGUACUCAUACGGGUGAAAAACCCUUCCUGUGUGAGGUGGACAGCUGUGGCCGAAGCUUUGCUGAAUACUCCAGUCUCCGUAAACACAUGCUGGUGCAUUCUGGUGAGAAGCCACACGUGUGCUCGGUCUGUGGGAAAACCUUCUCUCAGAGCGGCAGUCGAAACGUUCACAUGAAGAAGAGACACGGCGAGAACGCACCUGUCACCAGCAGCGGGGAAACCGGUGAAGCGCUCACCCACAGUAGUUUAUUGGAGGAGGACGGCAGCGGUGAUUCUGUGGUGAACAUGACGACGGUGGAGCCCAUGAGUCUGAACCAGGACAUGUUAAGAACUCAAGGUCCUUCUGAUCCUGUGGUGGUCCCGUCACCUCAUGAUGACUUGGUUACCAUGACAACAGGACACACAUACACUGAUGAUGUGGUCACUCUGCUGUAGCAACACUUGUUCUUGUAAAUAAACUAUUUUAUGAAACAUC